UGACAGUGCGAACGAAUUUUUCGCUGAAGAAAUUUCUUAUGUUGGUGAAGAAUAUUGCAUUUUAAGACAGAAAUAGAAAUAAAAUAAAAAAUAAAAUUCAAAUAAGAGUAGAAGAAAAGUGUGGAUAUUUAAAAACAAUUAUAUUUAAAUGAAAAAACAACAACAUAACGAAGUGGAUAUGUCGAAGAAAAGUUUAUCAUGCCUCCAUUUAAUUUGAAAGAAGUCUGCUAUUAGGAAAAAGUAAAAACAAAAAUCAAUAAUAUUCGAUCAACUGCGGCAUCAACGCAUUAACAAAACAAAAAACAAAAAAAUAUUAUAUAUAUACACUUAUCGGGGAAACAAUUCUUAAGUUACUUUGAAGUGAUUGCACUGAGUGCAAUUACGAAAAAAACACUUGAAAAUGCAGCCCCCGCCACGCAAGGGAAAUUAUGUGAAAUUCUUGAAGAAUUUACACACAGAGCAAGUGGCCAAGUUGCAAUUAAAAAACCAACAUGAAUGCGAUCUGCUCGAGGACAUUCGACAAUUCACCAUCAAACGGUCUGCCAUCGAAAAAUCCUAUAGUGAGUCGCUGCUGAAAAUUUCUUCGCAGUAUUUGAAUAAGAAAAUACCGAAUAUACCGGACAUAAAAAUGGAGGGCAUGGAGGAGCGGUGGAACAUGUGGAGCGUUUGGCGUACGGUACUCGAAGAGAACGAAAAGCUCGCACGCGCUCGCCUCGCUGCCAUCGAAGUAUUCCAACAGCAAAUAGCCGAUGAAGCUAAGGUGUUGCGUGAUUACAAAUUGGCAAUUUCAAAAAGAUCACUCGCACAAAUAGUCAACGUACAAAAGGAACUGCAUCUCAGUGUUUCCGAUGUGGAUAAGACAAAGAAACAGUAUUUCGACGAGGAGCAUUGUGCCCAUGAUGUACGCGAUAAGGCACGCGACAUUGAAGAGAAACUGAAGAAGAAAAAGGGUUCAUUCUUCCAAUCGAUAACAUCGCUGCAAAAGAAUAGCGCACGCGUCACGUCACGCAAAGAAUUGUUGGAAGAGAAGUCGACUGGCGCACGCAAUGACUACAUUCUAAGUUUGGCCGCAGCGAAUGCUCACCAGAAUCGUUACUUUACAGUUGAUCUGCAGACAACGAUGACUACUAUGGAGAAUUAUGUGUUUGAACGUGUAGCCGAGUACCUGACAUUGAUGGGACGAACUGAAUUGCUCACCUGUUCUGCCACACAGAACUCGUUCGGCAAGAUUCGUGACCAGGCACAACAAUUGACGCGCGAAUAUAAUUUGCAGUGCUGCUACCUAUUCUAUCCGGUACUAAAGCAACAUAUUCAAUAUGAUUUCGAGGCGUGUGAUAAUGAUCCAGUACGAAAGAUCACCAUCGAACACGAAUCGGCAUCAGAAACGCUCACGAAAGAGGCUAAAAAUUUGGCAGGUCGUGUGGUGAAAGAGAACUUGGCUAUACGUGAGGCAGCUAAGAAAUUGGCCAUUUGUGUUUCCCUACGUGAUUCGGGACAACGCAGUGAUCCAAACGACCCGAAUGGCCCAGAUUUGGAUACAAAGAUUGAGGAGUUUAGGGACUUGAUAAGGCGCUCUGAAACGGAAAAGGCUAAGGCGGAGGCAUGCCUGCAGUGUUUGCGUGAAGGUGGUAUUAAUGUUGACGAAUGGGUACAAGAGGCCGAGAUAAUGGGCGUACAGGAAUUGGUACGAUCCGCAAGCUCUAUCUCUAUGCGCACAGAUGCUUCGGGUCAAGGGGAAAAUCCAAGUUCAGACUCAUUCUAUGACAGUGACAAGGAUGACGCGACUGGCGCACAGGUGGGAGCUGCCGCCAAAUCAAAGGUGGAGAAAGAGUUAUCCCGCGACAAGACGUUUAGUGAUAGCGAAGAGGAGGUUGAGGAACGUGUACCCGAACCAAUUGCUGCAGCUCCAGUGAUGGCUAGUUCUACUGGCUGGGAUGAUCCAACAGAAGUCAACUGGGGCGGCGAAGGGGAAGAAAAGGAUGAAUCUAUUAUUCCGGAGCCAAAGGAGGCUAUCUUUAAAUGCACAGCACUGUAUAGCUACACGGCUCAAAAUCCAGACGAACUAACUAUUGUCGAGAACGAACAACUGGAGGUGAUUGGAGAAGGUGACGGUGAUGGUUGGCUGCGCGCUCGGAACUAUCGCGGCGAGGAAGGCUAUGUGCCGCACAAUUAUCUGGACAUCGAACAGGAUACUGCCCUUAACGGUAGCUCUGGCAAUCAAUUGCGUUCACAAAUCUCAUUCUCUUCUGUCGAUUACACUGUUGACAAUGAAGAUCAAACAGUGGACUCGAUGCAAUCACCCGACCAGGUCUCCGUCAUUAUGGCGCCGCAGAAGAAGAAGCCUGACGUACUCUAUUGCAUAGCACUGUACGAUUACGAUGCCACCGCCGAAGAUGAGCUUACCUUUGAGGAGGGUCAAAUUAUUAAGAUCAUCACAAAGACGGCACAUGGGGUAGACGAUGGCUGGUGGGAGGGCGAAUUAGAUGGUAAAUUUGGUAACUUCCCAUCUUUGGUGGUUGAAGAAUGCGACGAGAAUGGCGAGGCGUUAUCGGAAGGUGGCGAUGAGUCACCACCACCGACCGCGCCACCCAGUUUUGCGCUUCCACCCGCACCAGCACUACCGCCCGAAUAUGCACACGAAUUGACUGAGGACAUGUUUGAAUCGCAGGAGACAGCAGACGAUGACAGCGGCUACAUACCGAACGGUGGUGCACCUAGCAUGCCUCCACCAGUACUCAUACAAGAGCCUGGAAUGGAGGACGAUAUAAGCGACGAUGGUAAUUCGCCACCAUCGCUGCCGCCACCGGCUUUAAAUAUCGGCUCCAGCAAGGAAGGUAAUUCACUAAAUUUAGGUAUGGCACAAAUAAUUGUUACUGCCGCAACCCCAAUGGUUGAAGAUGGCACAGAUAAAUCUUUCCCUCCGGUAGGAGAAAGUGAUGGAGGCAGCGUAGACGCAGCAACUGCGAAAACUGCCAGCAGCGACGACGGCAAGCCAGUUAAGCAGAAAAAGGUGGAACCGAAGCAAUUGGCACAAACAGCGGCCGAUGAAAAUGAAAAUCACGAAGACGAUACACAUUCAUCCGAUCAGGAUCCCGACUCCGAAGUGAAGACUUUGCAAGAGGCUGACGAUCCAUUCAAUGAAAAGGGGAGCGUUGAUGCUGGCAAUGGAUUUGAGGCGAAUUUCGAGGCAAAUUUCGACGCAAACUUUGAUGAUGCUUUCGCCGGUGGUGCACAGUCUGCCAAUUUGAAUGCCGAACCGAGCGUUGAUGAUGUGCAAGCACCCAAGCAGGUGGUGGGCGGACGCGCAAGCAUACCCGAAGAAUUGGACUCAAAUCAAUUGGCACGAUUGCAGAAUCUAAAAGAAUCAAAUGCUUAAAGGAAGCUUACGAGCUAAACAUACAAACCUGGAAGGAUGUAGACAACGUAAACGAAAGAAAAUUUGCAUCACCGUUGCAUUUAAAUACAAACAUACUCAUAUAUAAAAUUUAAAUAUGCACUGAGGCAAAAGUAAAUAACCAUUAAUAGUGUAUAGGUAACGUGAAUGGUAUAAAGGGGCAAUACAAAGACAUGAGCUAAGCAAACACCGAAGGGGAAAAUCAAAUGAAAAUACUAGCAAGCAAGUACUUAUUAUACUUAUACUUUAUUGCAUAUUGAAAAGUUUGAUAAAAAUUUAGUUUUCUUCAAAAUAUAAGGUGUAUGUAUGUUGGCAACUCUACGCUAUAAAGGAUUCUUGUGUUGAAUAUGCUUCGUACUAUAUAAGUAUACUUACAUACACUCAUUCUGAUAAGACGAAUUCCAAAUGCAUUAUGAGGAUAAUUAAUGCCAUGUAUUGUGACCCUGCAGGAAAAUCUUGAAGUACUGAACUUAGAGAGAGAGAGAGAGAGAACUUAACAUACGAGUUUUGAUAUAACAACAAUUGGAUGAAAAUGGCAAAUUUAAAUUUAGAUGCGAAGUUGAAGUGAAAUUAACGGUAAACUACAGUUAAGGCUAGAUGGUAAUAGGCUAUUAUGCUCUUAUGCAUACAUACUUGUUUUUUAUAUAUGUACAUGCCUCAAAUAACGGAAUUUCCACAACAAUUUUGGACUUCUAAUGCAUUUUAAAAUGAGUUAUAACUUUUACGAGUUCAUGGGUAAUUUUUGAAAUAAUUGAUUUCAACCAACUUCCACUUCCAGCCCGACAUCCAACGAGCAAAGUACUGUAUUUUUCGGAUUUGUCAUCGUCACUAUCGGCAACAGUUGCUACUUGCAAAAAACAAGCGUAGGGUUUGCUAGUGGCAAAAUCGUAAUAACUCUCAAUUAGAAAUUACUUUUACUAGCUGAAGUUUUUCCUGCUGGGAGCAAACGAUUAUGCUCGUAUGAUGAGACUUACGCUUACUUAAACCUCCACUUGAAUUGAACUACAAUUAGGGAAAACUGUUAAACUUAACUACUCUAAGCAUACGUGAAUAAAUUCAAAAACACUCACACCGUAUUUUAUCAAUUUUCCUACAUGCGUAUGUAUAUUAGAAAAGCAACUACUAGAGGGGCGCGCAAAAAUAUUCCAGAGUAUAAAAAAAAUAUUUGGUUUGCUAUUUUGUUGUACAAUUUCUUUGUGAAAUUGAAUAAAAAUGCCUUCGACUUAAAGUAAAAUAUGUAAUGUAUUAUUUUAUACACCACUGUAGUUAUAGUAAACUCACGAAUGUAUUUCAACAAAUGUGCUUAAUAUUAUUAAUAUUAUAUAUGGUUACGCUCUCAUAAAAUACACAUAAAUACCUAUAAAUUUACUUAUAGCUAUACACAAGAAAUGAAGAAAAAAAAACAAGAAAAAAAUAUAAACGAAAAAUCCUGAUUGCAGUCAAAGACGAAACUUCGUAAUACAAAUAAAUGCAAUAAGUAAGAAUUAAAAGCAUUAUAGUGUUUAGAAACAAGCAGCUACAGUCAAUUGUUGAUUGAAAAUUUAAUAGUCAAGUACCUUCAGUGAAAUAUUAAUUUGCCAAUAGUUAUACGUACACUCAUAUAUUUAUAUAUGUAGAGGCUGGUUUACUGUAAAUUAAGUAUUACUCAUUUUUAUUAUUCUAUGACAAAAUAUUUAAAUAAGUUAUUAGUGAAAUAUAUGUAGAAAUAUUUAAUUUAGAACUUAUUUAAAAAAAAAAUACACAUUCAUAGGCCAAAUCUGUUUUUGUAUGUGCGAUGCAAGCAGUUUUGAAACUACUUUGCCCAAUUUAUGAAUUUCGUAAUUGUACAAAAUUUAUUAGUGCCGAAAAGAAAAACUUGAUUUCCAUUGAAACUUAGAUUAUGUCGUUAAUUUACUUUUACCUUAAAAUACCUGCAGUAAAAGUUACUUGGUGGCCGCCAU